AUGUUACGUUUGGUGUGGCUACUCGUCCUAACGGUCCUCGGGAGACUGUCGCGGCCGUGCGAGGCAUUCAUUAGCCUCGGCAACGUCACCAGUUUAUUUUACGACGCCCGGGAGGUUAAUUACGGCCAUCCGGAGUUGCGCCACUCGUACGAUUACGUCAUCGUCGGUGCUGGGCCGGCCGGAUGCGUUCUGGCGAAUCGCCUGUCGGAGGACCCGCACGCCACGGUGCUGCUGCUGGAGAUUGGCCGCGGCGAGGUGCCGCUCAUAACCGAUUCCCCGCUGGUCGGUCCGAUCCUGGCUUCGACGGAUUACAACUUUGGCUACCAGACCGAGAAGCAGCGAUACGGGUGCCUCGGGCUGCGGGGAGGCCGCUGCAGUUGGGCCCACGGGCGGGGCGUCGGUGGCUCGACGAUCAUCAACAACGUGAUCUUUACGCGCGGCAAUCGGCGCGACUACGAUAGCUGGGCGAAAGCGGGCAACGAAGGCUGGGCCUGGGCGGAUGUGUUGCCACUGUUCAAGCGCAUCGAACGGUCAAGCAUUCGAGACUUUGGUGACAACGGGCUGCACGGCCAUGACGGUCGGCUGUCGGUGGAGGACUGUCCGUUCAGAACAGAUCUGGCCCGAGCGUUCGUGAAGAGCGCUCAGUCGGCCGGCUAUCGCUACUUGGACUACAACUCCGGUGACAAUUUGGGGGUCUCGUUUCUGCAAGCGCACUCCUUAAACGGCCGCCGGGCAUCGGGAGGCACCAGCUACCUGCGGGACAUUGUCGAUCGGCCGAAUCUUCAUAUCCUGACGCGGGCCUGGGUCACGAAGGUUCUCAUCGAUCCCGACACGAAAACGGCCACCGGUGUGCGGUUGGUGCACGAGCGACAACACUACGAGGUCGAAGCCUCCCGGGAGAUCGUCCUUUCGGCGGGAGCGUUCGAAAGUCCCAAACUGUUGAUGCUUUCCGGCGUCGGUCCAGCGAAGCACCUGAAGCGGCACGGUAUCCGUCUGGUGGCCGAUUUGCCCGUCGGCCGGAAGGUGUACGAGCACGGUGGCGUGUACGGGCCAACGUUCGUGGUCCGCAAGCCGACGGAUGAUUUCGUAAGCUUCGAGCAACUGGCCAACCUGGGCGAGGUUUUACGGUUCCGCAACGGAAGUGGUCCACUGACCACGAACUCGGUGGAAAGUUUGCUCUACGUACACUCGCCGUUUGCCGAGAAUCCCGACCCGGAGUACCCGGACGUGGAGGUGAUGCAGGCGUUCACCUCGUUCAGCUUUGACACGUCGCCCGGCACACGGAACGCCUACUAUCUGACCGACCGGAUGUACGAUGAGUACUUCCGGCCGCUGGCGAAGACGCGCAACUUCAUGUUCCUCCCGAUGCUACUCAAACCGAGGGCCGUCGGGCGGGUUGAGUUAAAGUCGACGAACCCGUUCAAUCAUCCAGUCUUUCGCUACCAAUACUUUGAGGACGACCGCGAUGUGGAUGCACUGGUGUACGCGAUCAAGGAGGUAAUCCGCAUCAGCACCGAGGCUCCACUGAGACGGCUGGGGGUGGAACUUUACAAGCGCAAGGUGCCCGGCUGCCAGUACAUGGCGUUCAACACGAUCGACUACUGGCGCUGCCACGUGCGGCAUCUCACAGCAACCUUCCAGCAUCAGGUGGCUACGUGCAAAAUGGGACCACCGCAAGAUCCGGAAGCCGUCGUCGAUAGCCGGCUGCGGGUGUACGGAAUCGCUCGGCUGCGUGUGGCUGACGUCGGUAUCAUUCCCGAGGCUCCCACCGGACAUACGGCGGCCCAUAGUUUCCUGAUCGGUGAGAAGGCUGCCGACUUGAUCAGAGAAGACCAUCAGCAGCAGCGGCACACCCUAAAGUAA